UACAAAAAGAUGAAAUUCAUUUUUACAAAACCCCGCCUUCUCUCGCUUCUUCUCGAAAAGUUAUCGCAAGAAUAAUACGGUGUCGAUUCAUCGGUGCAGAACCUUCCGAUAAUAGGGGUAGGAUUGAUUCGGAUUUGGUUCCGCUGUCAGAUUCGGAGUUCCAGAGUUGCAGCGGCGCCAUGUCAGUGGCGAACGCAGACGAUCGCAGCCCCUCCGCUGCUCUUCGUACUAUUGACAUCCUGAACUCAUGCUCCAAAUCGAUCGAAGCAGGAGAUCCACAUCAGUCUGAUAACCCAGUCUCAGAGCUUGUCGAGUUUCUCGAUACAAUCUCAGAUGCUGCUGCAUCAGCGCCUGACAAUGAGGACGCAAAGCACAAUGCAUUUGAAGUUCUUUCGGAAAUUUAUGAAUAUUUGUGUUCUCCUUCACUGGACCAGACAGUUAUUGACAUGCUCGCGUUUGAGUUGCCGACAGCAGUUUCAAAGUUUGCAGGUGUCUCGGAUAGAUGUUUGGAGAUUGCUAAUUGUGUUAUUGAUCAAUUUAUAGCAAUGUGUAGUCCCCGGGACAUGCUUUCAAUUCUUUGUGAGGCAUUAAGCAAGACGAUUAAGGCUUCUGCUUGUAUUGCCCCUCUACUAAGUGGUCUUUCAAAAGUAAUUCUUUCCAUUCGGAAGCAUCACUUUGAGCAAGUAAAAGAAGCAGUUCCUAUUAUUGUUAAAGUUUUAAAGGUCGCGUCGUGGGAGUCAGAUGAUGGGGAAACAGAAGUUGAGAGUUUGUUUGACAGAGCUGUAGGCAUUGCCAAUUCUAUACGUGCAGUUUGCACAAAGUUGGAAGGUAGAUCAAAGGAAAAGCUUUGUGCUCUACUUGGUCUUUAUGUCUUGCAAAGCAUGGCUCUUGUUUCCGUCAGCUUGAAUCAUAACAAUCCGAACUGCCAUCGCUUGGUUUCACAAUUUUUGCUUUUCUUUCCUUAUUGUAGUCUAUCGUAUCUUGGUCUAAUAACUGGGAGUGAUGUUGACAAAAUGACUACCAUUGUUAUAGGAGAAUGCACAGAAGACAAAGAUGAUUAUAUGAGUUGUUUAGCCUAUGUCAAACAUGGUGCAUCUCUUUCAGUUAUUUGGGGCCAUAUCUCGGAUGAAGUUGCUCAGGCUGCCGAGGAGGACCUGACUGCUGUCAAGGAUGAGCUUCGAAGUAACCAGAUGAGAAGGUGGCAAACAGUAGGCAUGUUGAAGCACAUAUACUGUUUUGUCAAUCUGCCAUGGGAUUUAAAGAAACAUGCCAUCAACUUGUUGCUUUGCAUAACUGAUGGAAAUAUCUCCCAAAAAUGUGAUGAUGAACUUGCUGACUUGUCAUCUUAUGUGCCCAAUCUUUUUGCUGCUUUGCAGGCUAUUAAAAUGAUCAUCAUAUACGCACCAGAUACAGUGCUAAGGAAGCUUGCCUUCGAUGCAUUUAAAAGGGUACUUGCUGAUAUCCCAAGUUCUCAGAGGUUUGACAUUUUGAAAGCUUUGAUCACAAAUACCGACUCUUCCUCCAUGAUUGCAAUUCUUUUGGAUCUUGUUAGAGGAGAAAUGCACAUGGAAAAUCGCAAAAGACUAUCAAUGAGAAAUGAUGAAGCUCAGCAAACAGAAAAUAAAGAAUGUCCAAAAUUGUUCUUUUGGAAUGCCACUGUCCUUGAACUGGUGGAGUUGGUUUUGAGGCCACCAAAGGGAGGCCCUCCAUCCCUUCCUGAGAAUAAUGAUGCGGUCCAAUCUGCUCUCAACUUGUACAGAUUUGUGUUAAUAACAGAGUCGACAGGAAAAACCAAUUAUACUGAGGUGCUUUCCAAGAUCAAUUUGCUGAAGGCAUACAAUGAAUGGCUUCUACCUCUUCGAACACUGGUGACAGGCAUAAUGGCAGAAAACAGGAAUGAUUCUGUUCCACUCGCAGAUGACACAGCAUGUACCCUAAACCCGGUUGAGUUGGUUUUGUACCGGUGUAUUGAGCUUGUCGAAGAAAAGCUGAAACAAUCUGCAUAAGUUGUCACUUAAUGGUUCGUUUGGGUAUUGAAUUUUGAGAAUUAGAAUUGAAUUCUAAUUCUAUUUGCAAAUAUCGAGGUAAAAAAUUGUGUUUGGAUGUUGAAUUUUAAGAUUGAAAAAUAUUAUAUU